GUGGACCAACAUUCCACAGGCCACAAUCAACAACCUGAUCAACUCUAUGCGAAGGAGAUGUGUUGCACUGCGUGAGGCAAAUGGUGGUGUGACGACCCCUGCCUCACUAUCUCUGGUGGUGGGUAUGCGUGUGUGUGGCCCUUUAAUGACUCUCCCUCUGUGUGUGCUCACGGGAAUUGAGGACACCUGGCGGCUGGAGCUAGCCGGAUAAAGGACUGGACCGGAUCUCGCUCUCUCUCUCUCUCUGGCAGGAGGACGCAACGUGAAGAGCAGUCACGACCAGCUGACCUUUUGUUUCGCCUGUUUGUGUCCUUCAGCAGCAGCCAAAUAAACUCUUUUUUUUCUAUUCACGCUCUCGUUUCUGUCGCGCGUUUGUUGUGGCUGAGAGCCAAGCCAUGACAGCUGGGGGCUCGUCCAUUCCGGUAAGGUAAGCUGGUGUUGGGAGUUAGUUCAUGAUUUGUGCGGAGUUUCCCCUGGUAGGUUAUAGCGACGGUUCCCUUGGGAUCGUUGGGCAGGGUGUUUAAUGUUGUGGUGAAAGUGGCUGAAGCCUCGGCUUGGGGGCAUGGCCGCGGUCGCAGUAUUGUUGCUAGCUUGCUAGUCGCUUUGCUGGGCCAGCGGUCUCCAGUGCAUAAGUACCCGCCGCAAGUAACUACAUGAAGACUAGGGAGGAGAUUAGUUAGUGGGUGCCGCAGUUAGUGGGGAAACUCCAAUCAUUUAUUUUUGCUUUUCGUCUCAGUGUAAGCUCCGGUGUUGUGUGAUAGUAUGGCGGAUGUAGACGCAUUUAUCAGGGCUCCAUCUCAGGAAGCCCUUGACAAUUUCUCAAUGGAGCAGCUGCUCGUUAUUGCUGAACAUUUCUCGGUUGAAAUCGUCGGCGAUAAGAGGCUAAAAAGCACUAUAAAAGACUCUAUUGUGACGGCAUUAGGUGAAACGGGAGUGUUUCCGGCAGAGAAAAGAGGUGUGUUGUUAAAACCACUGUUGCAGGCUAGUUCACUGUCCUUUGAGCAGCAGAAGGAGAUGUUAUUGUUGCAGCUGAAUCAUGACAAAAUGAGGCAUGAGAUGGAGGUUGAAAAGGAAAUUGCAGUGGAGCGGAUGCGGCAGUAGACUGAGAGAGCCAAACUGGAUAUGGAAGGGCAACGUCUUUCUAUGGUCAGAGAUGGUGCGGCGUUGGGUGAGCAGUACGGUGAACAGGUGCCCAGGUCCCAUCAUCGGUUCGAUGCUAACAACUUGCGCUUGUUACCGCAAUUUAAUGAAAGUGAUCCUGACACUUUUUUUUUGCUUUUUGAACGGGUAGCUAAGGCUAUGGAUUGGCUGGAUGCAGACUGUGCCCUGAUGCUUCAGUGUGUGCUCACAGGAAAAGCACAGUCUGCAUAUUCCGCGUUAUGUCUGGAGGAUAGCUCUAGCUAUGUUAAAAUAAAAUUGGCGGUGCUUAGAGCAUAUGAACUCGUUCCUGAGGCUUAUCGACAGCGUUUUAGGUCCUUGGAGAAAAAACAGGGUCAAACAUAUGUGGAAAUGGCGAGGGAUUUGUCGGUUCAUUUUAAACGUUGGUUAGCUGCUCUGGACAUCACUUCUUUUGACAAUUUGGGUGAACUCAUGAUUUUGGAACAGUUCAAAAACAUUCUUCCUGACAACAUUGCUACUUAUAUAAUAGAACACAGGGUUACUUCGGUGUCCGAAGCUGCGGUGGCAGCGGAUGAGUUUGUGUUACUUCAUAAGGGCAGGUUCGGAGGGCGCGCUGGAGCUCUACCCGUUUUUGAAGGAAGUAGAAGGGCUGUUGAUGUUGGUUCAUUGGGGAUGGAUCCAAAGAAAGUGGCUUGGGAAAAAUCUGAGGAUACUUGUAACUAUUGUCGUGAGAAAGGCCAUUGGAAACCAGAAUGUCCGGCGCUUAGAGCAAAAUCCAAGGUAGGAAGAUUUGUGGGUAAACCAGUUGCAUUAGCUGUUCCUGUGAAAAGCUGCUGUGUUAACGAGGUGCUUACGGACCACUUAUGGGGAUCAGAGGUUUUGGUGUCCUAUGAUCCUUUUAUAAGAGAGGGCUUGGUGUCAUUGGUAGGUAGCAAUGUCAGAGUUCCAAUUAAAAUUUCGAGGGAUACCGGUGCAUUUGACUCCUUUAUCGUUGACUCUGUUCUGCCUUUGUCUGAGGAAAGUGACACUGGUGACACGAGUCGGGGGAUGGGAUUAACGGUUUUCCCUGUUCCUGUUCAUAAGAUGUAUCUUGACUGUGACCUUGUUAACGGUAUUGCUAUUGGUGUACGCCCAGCUUUUCCAAUCAAGGGGAUACAUUUCAUUCUGGGUAACGGUUUGGCAGGUGGUAGAGUCUGGGCUGAUGUUCCCUCUGUGUUGUUAGUCACUGGUGGUCUGAUUGAGUCAGGAUCUGAGAAGUGCUCUACAGUGAUGCCAGACGUCACAGCCUCGUGUGUGAUCACACGUGCUAGGGCGAAAAGGGAUCAUGACUUGCUACCAGAUGGAAAGUCAACUGACACAGUGGAGGUUCCAUCUUUGUCUGAGUUUUCGGUAUUACUUACACACCAUGAGGUGGGAGAGGAGCAACGUCAGGAUUCUUCGUUGAAAGACCUUUUUGACUGUGUUGCGCCAGUUGCACAGGGGGAAAACACUUCAAGUGGAUACAUGUUGCAUAAUGACUUGUUGUUUAGAAGAUGGGUUCCUGUGGCUGUUGAUGGUGGGGGAACUGAGGUUUUCCAGCUGGUGGUGCCAACUAAGUUUCGUCCUCUGGUCCUGAAAGUCGCACAUGAUGAGUGUGGACACUUUGGGGUUCGGAAAACAUAUUUGAACAUCCUGAGACACUACUUUUGGCCACGUCUAAAGAGAGAUGUGUCGCAGUAUAUUAGAACAUGUCAUGUGUGUCAACUAACAGGGAAACCAAACCAGAAGAUCAAACCAGCACCACUACAGCCGAUACAAGUGGUAAGUGAACCGUUUACACAUCUCAUUGUGGAUUGUGUGGGCCCUUUACCGGGUUCAAAAUCUGGUUGCAAAUAUCUGCUGACUGUGAUGUGUCAAACCACUAGGUAUCCAGCGGCUUAUCCUUUGAGGUCGAUUACAACUAAGGCUGUGGUUAAGGCUUUGUCACAGUUUAUUUCAAUAUUUGGUAUUCCUAAGGUCGUCCAGAGUGAUCAAGGCUCCAAUUUUUCAUCUCACAUGUUUGCUCAGGUGUUGAAGCUUUUGAAGAUUAAGAAGAACCAGUCAACAGCUUACCACGCUCAAAGCCAGGGUGCCUUGGAAAGGUUUCACCAGACAUUGAAAUCCUUGUUGCGUGCUUACUGUACUGAGCUAGAUGGAGACUGGGAGGAAGGUCUUCCUUGGUUGAUGUUGGCUGCAAGGGAGGCGGUACAUGAAGGUACGGGGUUUAGCCCUAAUGAGUUGGUUUUCGGACAUGCUGUACGGGGUCCCUUGGCAGUGCUGAAAGAGGGUUGUGUUGACACUGAGCCACCACGGAGCUUGGUGGAUUAUGUGAAUGGCUUCAGACGUCGUUUGGGUGUUGCUUUGAGUAUGGCACGGGAAAAGCUGUCGGUGUCUCAAAGUAACAUGAAGAAGUUCUAUGACCGUUGUUCGGCACGACAGGAGUUUAAUCCAGGUCACCAGGUUCUAUCACUUAUGCCUAUUGUUGGUUCCCCAUUUCAGGCUAAGUAUUCAGGUCCGUACACUAUCAUUGAGAAAACUUCUGACCUAAAUUAUGUUGUGGCAACACCAGAACGAAGGAAGACCAAACGCCUCUGUCAUGUAAAUCUUCUGAAACCCUACCACAAGCGGGAGGUUAACACAGACACAGAGGUGGAGAAGGAUAAAGUGCAGCCGGCUGUGGUGGUGGUGGUGACACAUGGUUUGACGCAUGAGGGAAAUAUAGUGCCCGAACCUGAUGAUAGUUUGCUCUGUGGUCGUUUGAGAAAUUCGGAAUCGCUAGAUAAUUUAGACGGGUUGUUGUCUCAUUUGGCGGCAUCAAGACGUGAGGAAUUAUCAGCAUUGGUACACAAAUAUCGGUGUCUGUUUGGAGACACUCCUUCGCAAACUGACUGGGCUGAGCAUGAUAUUGAUGUUGGGGACGCUCAGCCGAUUAAGCAACAUUUUUAUCGCAUGCCACCAGUUAAGCGCAGUCGGUUGGAUGCAGAGAUUAAUUACAUGGUGGAGAAUACAAUUGCUGUCCCAUCAGCAUCUAGUUGGGCGUCUCCAUGUAUUUUGGUGCCAAAGCAGGAUGGGACACCUAGAUUCUGUACUGAUCUAAGAAAAGUGAAUGCGGUGACAAAAUCAGACUCUUUUCCUUUGCCACGGAUGGAUGACUGUAUAGAUCAGGUGGGGUCUGCAAAGUAUGUUAGCAAAUUUGAUUUGCUUAAAGGGUAUUGGCAGGUCCCCUUGUCUAAGCGGGCACAGGAAAUAGCAGCAUUUAUCACACCAUCUGGACUUUAUUCAUAUAAGGUAAUGCCGUUUGGGUUAAAAAAUGCUCCUGCUACAUUCCAACGUUUGAUGAAUCGCGUGGUGUCGGGUUUAGAGGGCUGUACGGUGUAUCUAGACGAUUUGGUAAUUUGCAGUGAUACUUGGACGGCUCAUGUUCAGCGCAUCGAGAGGUUGUUUGAACGGUUGACAGAGGCACAUCUGACUAUUAAUUUGGCCAAAUGUGCCUUUGCAAAGGCCACAGUGACAUACCUUGGUCAUGUGGUGGGUCAGGGUUGUGUGGCUCCAGUUCUGGCCAAGGUCAGGGCAAUAUCUGAAUACCCACAGCCCACAACCAAAAAGGAACUCCAGAGAUUUUUGGGUAUGGUGGGUUACUACAGGAGGUUCUGUGAAAAUGUUUCCACUACAGUGUUUCCUCUGACGGAACUUCUUAGGGCUAAGGUAAAAUAUACUUGGUCGGUCGACUGUCAGAGAGCGUUUGAUAGUGUUAAGUCUCUAUUGUGCUCCUCUCAGGCGUUAGUGGCUCCAUGUUUUGAUCGUCCUUUUAGUCUCCAAGUAGAUGCAAGCCAGGUGGGAGUCGGUGCGGUUCUGCUCCAGGUUGACAAGGGGGGGGGGGUGGAGAGACCCGUCAGUUUCUUUUCAAAGAAACUUAACAGUUACCAAAGGAAUUAUACGGUGAUUGAGAAGGAAGCGUUAGCACUCAUUUGGGCGUUGCAGCAUUUCACUGUAUAUGUGGGAGCAGGAGGACUAAUUUUGGUUUACACAGAUCACAAUCCCCUGACCUUUUUGCAUUCAAUGAAGUGUCCCAACCAAAGGCUGACGAGGUGGUCUUUGUUUCUUCAGGCUUACAACCUUGAAGUUAGGCACAUUAGGGGAUCCGACAAUGUUAUUGCUGACGCGCUGUCACGUGCUCCAUGGCACUAAGUAGUUGUUAGUUUGACCUUGAUGUGUAUAUAUAGGGACUGUCAUACUGUGAUAAAUCUUUCUCGCUCUGCCCAUGUUUUUUAAAGUGCUUCUCAGAUACUGGUGUUGCUAAAGGUGUGGCAGGGUGCUGAAGGCGAGGAUUGCUGUGUGAAGGACUGGACCGGAUCUCGCUCUCUCUCUCUCUCUGGCAGGAGGACGCAACGUGAAGAGCAGUCACGACCAGCUGACCUUUUGUUUCGCCUGUUUGUGUCCUUCAGCAGCAGCCAAAUAAACUCUUUUUUUUCUAUUCACGC